UCUUGUGUCUCGUGUGGCCGUAACGAUCGAAAACGGUAAGAUAUAAAAUCGGUCCAGUUCAAAACGCUGGCAUAUAGGCGCCUUUCUGAUCUAGCAAAGCAAGUCUCUCUCUCUGUCCUGCUCCUUUUGUAAUUGGAAUUUAGGGUUUUGAAGAUCUGACGAGGGUUUAGAAGAUGAACAACCUUGCUGGAGGGCAGUCCUCAAAAUCGAAAGCUGGAUCCUCGCAGCCAUCCGAAACUUCAUUUAAGCGAAAACGGGGAGUGUUUCAAAAAGAAUUGCAGCACAUGAUGUAUGGUUUUGGAGACGAUCAAAAUCCUCUUCCAGAAAGUGUGGCACUUAUGGAGGAUAUUGUUGUGGAAUAUAUCACUGAUUUGGUACAUAAAGCCCAAGAUAUUGGAUCAAAGAGGGGAAAGUUAUCAGUUGAGGAUUUUCUGUAUCUAAUUCGCAAGGACUUUCCGAAGCUUAACCGCUGUAGAGAAUUGCUGUCUAUGAAUGAAGAGCUGAAACAGGCAAGGAAGGCUUUUGAGACAGAUGAAGAGAAGCUGAGGAAGGCUUUUGAGACUGAUGAAGAGAAGAUGAGGAAGGCUUUUGAGGCAGAUGAAGAUAAACAUGGGUCAACAGAGUGACAUGGGAGUAUUUCUACUUAAACUCGUCUCCUGGUGAUCAUUUUCUUUUGGGAAAUUGGUCUUGUUUCACUUAAUCUUAGCCAUUUUAGUGUCCAGGAUUAGAUAGCAGGAUUCAGGAAAGAUCCAACACACAACACUUGGCAGCAUUCCGAUGUUGCAGCAGAUUGGCAUGUUCAUCUGGCGUGGUUUUACCAGAUUGACAAGUUUCCCAAUGGUUUUACCAGCUUUUUUUCUCUUUCUUUUUCAUCAACCUUUGUAGCAGAUUGGCAUGUUCAUCUAGUGUGGUUUUCCUUUUAAAUAGUGAUGAUAUAGUGUGGAUAA